GCUCAACGAUGACCAAGAAUCUAUACCCGCUUCUAAUUGUCUACGACGUUUCUACCUUAUUACUCGCUCUCUGAUCCAUAUUCCUGUUUUUCUCCUUUAAUUUCCCCAUUUCUAUAAUCUCCCAACUGAUCUCUUUCUCAUGAUCUGAUCAGCAUCAUUGCUUCUCUCCCAUUCUCACAGGAUCAGGAUCAAUUAGCUGAUCCUGCGAUAUAUUUUAAUGGCGUCGCAGGAUAAGGGUCGGCCUCUACCUAAGUUUGGGGAGUGGGAUGUGAACAAUCCGGCGUCGGCAGAAGGGUUUACGGUCAUAUUCAGCAAAGCCAGAGAUGAGAAGAAAUCUAAUAAGGGUACUUAUAACACUGGGAGUGCAGCAGCAGCAGCCAGUACUCAUCCAAGCAGUAAUCAUAAUCAAUCUAAAUCACAAGAAAAUAAUAAUCAACAUCCUGAUGAUCAAACGAAAAAAUGGUUUUGCUGUUUCUGAACAACACGUACGAUCGAUCGACUAGCUUGCAGCUUGCCGCGGUAAUUGAUGAUCACGCACAGUAAUGAUGAAUAAAUGGCGCGCGGUCGAUGCAUGUCGAUCGAUCGUGAUCUAGUUCUAAUACGAUAGUACUUUGUUAGACCUAGCUCUUUCAUCAUCUGCCAAAUCUUUGCGUACGUAUGUAAUGUACGUGUAUAUAUAUAGGAGGAAGGAAAUAAAGACGGACAAAUACAAGUUCUUAAAAGUUGCAUCUUUUCUGGAGUUGAUAUAUAAUUUGUUGAUUCAGAUCAUGAGUCGCCACCAGCUUGAUCCUGGCCUGAUCAUUAUCCAUUACAUGAUAAUUGUACAUUGAUUUCUUUAAAAAAGUGUGGCAAUUCAUUGAAUAUA